GCCAGCCAAUCACGGGCGCCUGCCCGCCCCGUCUGCCCCGGGACUGGCCGUGGCCCGGAGCCCGGUGCCCAAGUCGCCCCUUGGGUAGCAGUUCCCGUUAACCUUAGCUACAAAGUCAAAGGUCACUGUCAAGGAAGCCCGUGACCCCAUCCUCAGACCCGUGUGGGCUUGGGCGAUGCACAUCCUUUUCCCCAGGGGAGAGCUAAGAACCUCCUUGGCACAGAGGGGGCAGGGCUGAGACCUCAGCAGCACUGAUGCAGGGGGAGGUCUGCAGGGAUGGAGAGCAUCCUCAUUGCCAAUGGCUCAGGAGAUGGGCUGGCGGGGAUCAAGCAGGAGAAGCCAGAGUGGCUGCUGCAGACUGUGGAGUCUCAGGCCGCGCUUCCGGAGAAGGACAAGGAAAACAUAUUUCAGCAGCAGGGCGUCCUCCCACCGUGCCAGACCGUGGGGCGGCCCUGGGCUCGGGGGUCACAGGAGGAGAUUGGAGGUGCAUGGUGGGUCCCACCUCCUGAGCAGGAUGCCCGGCUGGCUACUCGAGUUCCGGGGACAGCCCCAGGCCCGCUGAGCCCCGCACUUUCUGCGGGUGGGGGUCACUUCGUGUGUGUGGAUUGUGGGAAAAGGUUCAGCUGGUGGUCAUCCCUGAAGAUCCACCAGCGCACACACACGGGCGAGAAGCCUUACCUCUGCAGCAAGUGUGGCAAGAGCUUCAGCCAGAAGCCUAACCUGGAGCGCCAUCAGCGCCACCACACUGGCGAGAGGCCCUUCUGCUGCCCAGAGUGCACCAGACGCUUCAGUCAGAAGCAACACCUGCUCAAGCACCAGAAGACGCACUCUCGACCCGCCACCCACGCGUGUCCAGAAUGCGAGCGCUGCUUCCGGCACCAAGUGGGCCUCCGCAUCCAUCAGCGAGCGCAUGCCCGGGACCGCCUGGGUGCCCGGGUCAGCUUGCAGGAGAUGCUCCGGUAUGCUGCUGUGCGCCGCCGGGCCUGCCGCCUGCGCCCUGGAUCCCCACGCGGGCGCCCCGAGUGGGUCUGGCUGGGGCUCUGCCAGGGCUGGUGGGGCCAGCAUGGGGUACGGACAGCAGCCCAUGGCCGCUUAGGUCCCAGUGAGCAGCGCCAGUUCAUCUGUAAUGAGUGCGGUAAGAGCUUCACGUGGUGGUCAUCCCUGAAUAUCCAUCAGCGCAUCCAUACAGGCGAGCGGCCCUACGCAUGCCCUGAAUGCGGCCGCCGCUUCAGCCAGAAGCCCAACCUGACAAGGCACCUGCGCAACCACACGGGUGAGCGGCCGCACCCAUGCUCGCACUGUGGCCGCAGCUUCCGCCAAAAGCAGCACCUGCUCAAGCACUUGCGCACACACCUGCCUGGUGCCCAGUCUGCAAGGUGCACCAGCUGUGGACAGAACUACCCUAGCCGUGCGGCACUGCGGGCCCACCAGAGAGUACAUGCCGCAGCAGAGCUGCUACGUUCGCGGUCUGCAGUCCAGGGUGGUGUGCCUGGUUCAGAGCCACAAGCUGAGAUUGCCCGGAGUGUGGCUGUGAAGCCCCACGGUACCCAGGGUGUCAAAGAAGUGCUGUGUGGUCAGGGGUGCGAGACCCUGGCUGCACCCAGUGAGCAGCGCCAGUUCAUCUGUAACGAGUGUGGCAAGAGCUUCUCAUGGUGGUCAGCGCUCACCAUCCACCAGCGCAUCCACACUGGCGAGCGGCCCUAUGCGUGCCCAGACUGCGGCCGCUGCUUCAGCCAAAAGCCCAACCUCACACGACACCGGCGCAACCACACCGGCGAGAGACCCUACCUGUGCACUGCCUGUGGCCGUGGGUUCCGUCAAAAGCAGCAUCUGCUCAAGCACCAGCGUGUGCAUCGUGGAGCUCAGGCACCACACCCUCGCCCAGAGGAGGAAGAAGAGCCGUAGUGUGUGCCCCCCGUGCAGCUAAUGGUGGUGGGUGGUAGAAUGUGUGCCUGCAGGGUGUUGUUUGGGGAACAGGAGGACCAGGAAUGCUGAUUCUUGAUGUUCCCCAAGUUAGAGCCUGUUGAAAGGCUCCUCAAGGUUCGGAGGCCUGAGGAUGGUAUUCCAGAAGCCUGAAAAGUGCCUAGUGGGGGAGGCGAGAUCAAAGCUCUGAGUGUCUGUGAUGGGAAUGUGUUCCUUAGUACACCAUUCAGAAUUGGCCCUCAGCCAUAGGCACCUUGUGAAGGGCUGUUGGGGUCCCUAGGAAAGCCUCCUUGUGUGAAAUGGCCUGGAACUGAUCAGUGGUAGCACUGUCCUGUGACAUAGGCUGCACGAUGGUUAGCGGGGUCAUCCGCAUGGGAAGAUGGUCACAGGCUCCAGGAUACCAGCAAUAGAGCAAAGGUUUUGGCUAGGAGGGGGGUAAUUAUUUCCCCAGCACCAAGGACAGUGCCACUUGUGCCGUGUUGGAUGAUUUGAUGGUCUCUCUCCAACUGAGUGUCAUGGUGCUAGGUAAGGCAAGCCUGGCCAUAGAACUGAUGAUGUGUAUGAUGACUAAGGGUUGGGGUACAGUCACAUGGUUUCAGCUAUAGCUUGGCUGCUCGGGAAAGUGGCUGUGGGAGAGUGGGCCAUCUGUUCCAAGUGUGUGGGUUUCUAUGGCUGACUUGGGUCCGUACCCAUACUGGUGUUGGAGAAAAAAUGAAGGACUGAAUAUUC